UAAUGAAGAUGGACAAUAAAAGAUUUAAACUGAUGCUAGGACUUAAUUAUGUAGGGUCAACGAGUAAGAUAUUCCAAUUAAUCUCUAGACUAUUUUGCCUCAUCCACUAAAUCAAAUACUCUCAAAAGAUGUGUCAAUACUUAAACAAAUACCUAGGAUUUCACUCAAAUUGACUAUUUAAUACAAUCUCCAUAAAUUAUUAAGGUAUUAAUUCUUACAAUUUGUUAUAGAAAGUCAAAAUCACUGCUGAAAGUACUAUACACACCUAUGAAGAUGAUUUAUAUUGCUAUGAGAGCAUAUAAAAUGAUGAAUCAGCACCAAUUACCUUUUAGACUAAAUCCUCCCCUAUUCCAAUUUAGAAAGAAUUCUAUAAUAUCAAUCCACUUUACUUAUAAGAAUACAAUGAAAAAGAAUAUAACUAUAAAACAAGGGCAAUUAUCUUAAAUCGAAUUUAAGAUAAUUGUCAGAAUUUGAAUAACCCUUUCUCUCAUAAAGCUAUCUAUCUUUAUGAUCUGUUCCUUUGCAGAAUCUAAAGUAAAACCAUAAAUAAUUAAACUCAAUUAAGAUUUCUAUCUUUGGCUAUAAUCUUUGUGGCAACUAAAAUGAAUGCUGAAACUCCAAAUAUUAAUUCACUUUUAUCAUAGUCAUCACUCAAUAUGACUAAACAAUAAUUAAUAUAAUAUGAGAGACUUAUCCUUAAUGUAUUAGAUUGGCACACUAAUCCUCUAACAAUCUAAGAUAUUAUAUAUGAAAUUAUUUGCAGAUUUUAUAUUGUUUUUCCAAAUUUAAAAGUUUAAUCAGAUUAGGAUUCAAAAAUUAUCAAUUAAAUUAUAAACGCUAUUGUUCUGGAUCAUAAUUAUUUGAGUUAUACUUUAGAGGAUAUCUCCUUUUCAAUAAUAUUUGUACUUUUUAAAAAAGAUAUAUCUGAAGAUAUAUAUGAAGAUUUUCUCAAGAUGCAUAAUAAAACCAAACAGUAAAUUUAAUAAUCUAUAAAAUUUGUAUCAAAAUAUAUAAGAGUUGUUAAUUAAUUGGUAUAUUAUAUUAUUUAAUAUUUUUAGAAUGAAAAAUAACUUGAUAUUAAUUCAUUAGAAAUACUUAAAUUAGUUUGUGAUUGA